AUGGAGCUACUUAAAUCAGAGUCGUUGGGCAAGAUUCCGUCUCCUUCCAGUACUACAUCUCAGCUUGAUCAAGAAGGAGACUAUAGCCUUUCCUCCGACAACUCUAUCGACUCAGAUAUUUUCCUAUCCAAAAGGUAUAAGUUUAUGUGUAAACGUAAUAUACCAGUAGUAAAUCUGACGAAAUCAGAAAAUUCAAUAUAUAUCUUUGUCGAGGCGGUCAACAGUAUUCCUCAACCUCAUCAUAGAGCCAACAUGGUCUGCUAUCAACAUCCUGAUAUAAAAUACCGAGGUAAAAAACACCGGAUAGAAGGCUCGAUAUAUGACGAACCUCACAGACUUAAGGUUACUGAGACACGAUGGAUAAAAUCUGUUCUUGACGCUGCUCGUGAAGGUUGUUGUCUUUGUACACUUGUAGUUCAAGCUAUACCUGCAUUGGGCAAAGGCCAUUUCCGAGGUUCACCCUUCAGCGUAUACUUACAGGUGAAAGAUGUUGAUGGUAUCAAGAGGCAUCUGUAUGAGCUUACAUUAUCUGCCCGUCACUUGUUUCGGACUAUGGGUGGCCUUUCAUUACCAUUUAUCACCGAUGCACCAGAAAUCUCGAAUACCUUGCCUGAAUCCUUACAAACAGCGCAAAGCUGGAUUGCAAACUUCAACUUGAUCGAAACAAAGAACGUAACCGAACGUUUUGCCGCCCUCAGCCCACGAUUGCCAUAUCUUGACGGAGAUGACCGCCAGACUUUCUCUAUGCACGUAGAAUCUAAGACCAAAUUUCUGACCAUGAUGCAAACGGGCGGCUUGAAUCACAUGGACUGCAUGAUAACAUAUUUUUAUAGAAUCAUUGAAUUCAAGGAGAAUGAAUGGACACUUGGGAAUGAUGAAAUCGUUGUGGAUCUAGAUCCCUAUCAUUAUGGUCCAAACAAGCCCACUGAAUCUGCAAUUAAAGUCAAGAAGAACGUCUCGCUCUUCCUCAUGUUUGUCGGAACCCGAAAGUUCAAACACUAUGCCGAGCAUUCAAGUUUCUUGGCCCUAAGAUAUCUUGAAGAAGACGAAAGGGGGAAUGCAAUAUUUAUGAGAGCAGGUAUAGCUGUCCUUGAUGAGUUAUCGAUGAAUGUUCUCGAUCGGGUUCGAGCUGGCACCAAAGAAUCGAUCGUUCUGAUUUAG